UGUACGGAGAAUAUCCAAUCUCCUCUGGUACUGUUCUUGCAAAGCAGAAACUCACUUUCGUCCCUGUCGGUGCACCGCCGCCGGUGGCCGGAGAAGGUGUCGGCGGUUCUAUACAAUCACGGCACGGAAUUGCAGAGGUCAAGUAUUAUCUGACUUUGCCGCGGAGAAUUAGGUCGGUGCGAGAAGACUAAAAUGCCUCCGGAGCCGCAGAUUGCCGGAGAAGGUAUGAAUGGUUCUAUAUAAUCACGGCGCGGAAUUGCUGAGGUAUUGUCUGCGUGUGCCGCGGAGAAUUAGGUCGGUGCGAGAAGCUGAAAUGCUUUCUGAGCCGCAGAUAGAACAGGAGCAGCCGGGAAUAAUGAUCUAAUCGUGUCGCGAGAUUAAGAGCAGUUAAUUUUUCUUGUUUCACUGUUCGCUGUUCGACUUGCUUUUAUUUUUGUGUUUUGAUAUUUAUUUUGUGUUUCUGCCCAAGAGUUCGUCUGGAGUGUAUUGGAUUUAUUCAUGAAAUAGGAGUAACCUCGAAAUGGUGGGAGUAAUAAUGGCCAAUGCAAAUAUGUGUAUCCCUUGUUGUGAAAGAAAUGGAUUUCGGGCACUACAUUGUACCCAGAGUUCUCAUAAUUUAUUUGGGUUUUCGUUAUUUCCUAGUCCGAUUUCUGGAAUUGGCCUAAAUGUUGGUUACGAAAAGAAUAGAAUUUUUCGGUACAGGGGAAAUAAGUGUGGAGCAAUUAGGGUUUCGUCAAAGGGAGAAUCUGAUAUCCGGUUGCAAAAUGGUAAUGUCCUUGAAAACGAUUUUUUAUUUAAGCCAUCGUUCGAUGAAUAUGUGAGGGUUAUGGAGUCCGUUAGAACUAGUAGGUAUAAGAAGCAGCCGGACGAUCCUAAUAAACUGAAGAUGAAGGAAAAUGCGAGUGCUAAGAGUGCUGAAAGCUCUUCCGUUUCUGAAAUAGAUAAUGAAAAAACCAAAGUGACUGACGUUCAAGGUAAUGUGGAUGUAAAGAACAUGUUUAAACGUGUUGAUCAGAAGAAGUUGUUCAAUAAUGCAGAGAGAGUUACACGUAAAAAGGACCUGUUGGAAAACAAAUUUGAUAACAAAAGGAAAGGAAUUACAAGAACAAAGGAUGAAUUCAGAGGCAAGGUAACCCAUUUUGACUCACAGGUUAAUGAUAAACAACAUGAAGAGCAAAGGAAAAGAAACCGGUUGGAUUGCAUUGAGCCGAAAGUGAGAAGGUUGAACAAUGAGGCAUUAGUUUGUUCUAAGGCUAAUACAUUGGAUAUCAAAAGACAAAGACAAAGAGUAUGUGAUGAAAGUUCCAUGAAAACAGUGGAAAGGAUUUGGGCUGAUGGUGACACUAAACUGGCUAAGGGUGAUCUGGAGGUAGGGAAAUCUGGUGUUCAGCUUGCAAGGAACUAUGUUCCUGGUGAGAAGGUUAGUGGAAAGAAAACUGGGCAGUCCUACCAAGGGUUAUCCAAAAGUGGUAAGCCAUUCAUUGAAUCUACUGAAGAGAGUAGCUUGGAGGUAGAACGUGCAGCCUUGAACAAUUUCGAUGCAUUAGACAUCAUGGAUAAACCAAGAGUUUCAAAGAUGGAAAUGGAAGAGAGAAUCCAGAUGCUUUCUAAGAGAUUGAACGGUGCAGACAUUGAUAUGCCUGAGUGGAUGUUUGCUCAAAUGAUGAGGAGUGCAAAGAUUAGAUAUUCAGAUCACUCAAUAUUAAGGGUUAUUCAAGUUCUGGGUAAGUUAGGAAAUUGGAAGCGAGUGCUACAAGUCAUCGAAUGGCUUCAAAUGCGUGAACGGUUUAAGUCACAUAAGCUAAGAUUUAUAUACACCACUGCCCUUGAUGUACUUGGAAAAGCAAGGAGACCUGUGGAGGCACUUAACGUAUUCCAUGCAAUGCAGCAACACUUUUCCUCAUAUCCUGACUUAGUAGCAUAUCAUAGUAUUGCUGUCACUCUUGGACAAGCAGGAUAUAUGAGGGAACUCUUUGACGUGAUUGAUAGCAUGCGGUCUCCUCCAAAGAAGAAGUUUAAGACAGGGGCACUUGAAAAGUGGGACCCACGGCUGCAACCUGAUAUUGUUAUCUAUAAUGCGGUUUUAAAUGCUUGUGUCAAGCGAAAGAAUUGGGAAGGGGCAUUUUGGGUCUUGCAGGAAUUAAAGAAACAAGGUCUACAGCCUUCUACGUCAACAUAUGGAUUAGUCAUGGAGGUGAUGCUUGAAUGUGGCAAGUACAACUUAGUACAUGAGUUCUUCAGAAAAGUGCAGAGAUCUUCCAUUCCUAAUGCUUUAACAUAUAAAGUUCUUGUCAAUACACUUUCAAAAGAGGGUAAAACAGAUGAGGCUGUGUUGGCCAUUCAGAACAUGGAAAGACGAGGGAUAGUAGGGUCUGCAGCUCUUUAUUACGACUUUGCUCGUUGUCUUUGCAGUGCUGGAAGGUGCAAAGAAGCCCUAAUGCAGAUUGAGAAGAUAUGUAAAGUUGCCAAUAAGCCUCUUGUAGUGACUUACACCGGUUUGAUUCAAGCUUGUUUGGACUCAAAAAACUUAGAUAGUGCAGUAUAUAUAUUCAACCACAUGAAGGCCUUCUGUUCCCCAAAUCUUGUUACUUAUAAUAUCUUGCUGAAAGGAUACCUGGAUCAUGGGAUGUUCGAAGAAGCUAGAGAGCUAUUUCAGAAUUUGUCGGAAAGCGGACAAAGUAUCAGCACUAUAUCUGACUACAAGGAUCGAGUAUUACCAGAUAUCUACACGUUCAACAUCAUGCUAGAUGCAUUUUUUGCAGUAAAGAGAUGGGAUGAUUUUGGCUAUUUCUAUAACCAAAUGUUUCUUUAUGGGUAUCACUUCAACCCAAAACGGCAUCUGCGGAUGAUAUUGGAGGCUGGAAGGGCUGGAAAGGAUGAGAUACUGGAAACAACAUGGAAGCACCUUGCUCAGACUGAUCGGACGCUGCCGCCUCCGCUCGUCAAAGAACGGUUUUGCAUGAAGCUUGCUCGGGGCGACUACUCUGAAGCUCUCUCUUGCAUUUCCAAUCACCAUAGCAGCGAUGCACAUCAUUUCUCUGAGUCGGCUUGGCUAAAUUUACUCAAAGAGAAAGGGUUUCCCAAGGAUACUGUUAUUCUGUUAAUUCAUAAGGUUAGUAUGCUUCUUACUGGAAACCACCCUCCAAAUCCAGUGUUUCAGAAUUUGUUAUCUAGUUGUAAAGAAUUUUGUAGAACUAGAAUUACUGUAGCUGACAGUAAACUUGAACAAAUUGUUUGUAGAGAUGAAACCCAAUCUGCUGCUGUUAUGCAUAUUUAACAUAAUUGGAGAGGAAAUACUUCUCUUUUGUUCA